AUGUCGGGGUACAGUCUGCGGUGGGGGACCCUCCCGCUGCUCGCCCUGUGUUUGUGGUGUGUGACCCCGAGUGGCUGUGAGGGUCCCGCGGAGGGCAGAGCCCUGACCGCCCGGGACAGCCCUCCGCGCCCCCGCCCGCCCCGGGCUCCGGGUCCCGGGGAGGGCAGAGCCGGGCACAGCCCCCGAGGGGCCCACCGGCCGCCAGUCACCCUCCCGCCCCCGGAGGGCACCCCGGGCCCGGCCCCCGCCCCGGGCACGAGCGGCGGCCCCGCGGGGUCCCGGAGCGGCGGCGUCUCUCAGCGGAACAGAGCGGAUUGGACCCGGAACCCGAGAGACCGCCCGACAGUCGCCGUGAGACCCCGAUUCCGGGCUUCCCCUUCCCGGGCGCGGAGCCGCCUCCCGGCCCGGAGGCUGAUCGGGCCUAAUGUUUGUGGGAGACGGUGCUGUUCUGGAUGGACCCUAAAUCCUGGUACAAACAGAUGCAUGAAACCUGUCUGUGCCCCACCAUGCCAAAACAGAGGUUCAUGCUCACGACCUCAGGUCUGUGUCUGCCGGUCUGGAUUCCAAGGUUCUAGGUGUGAAGAAGUUGUCCCAGAGCAACAUUAUAUAUCUCAUCGCCGUGCUAUCUCAUCAAGACUCUUCUCUUCUUCGUUAUCUGGCUCAUACUUAAACAUGGUCCACAGAAUUGAAAAACGAACAAAGAACAACACAAAAAGUAUAGGUGAAACUUCUUCAACAACCAGACAUAAGACCUCAACUGGAGAUGAAAGUCAGGGUUCUGAAACACAAAGUAGAAGUAGACAGCAAACCAAUUCUCAGCAACUUCUGGGCACAUCACGAACUGUAAAACACGUAUCAAAUAGGAAUGGACUUCUGUUGUCUAAUGCAUUACCUAAUGCCAAUACCCAAACACAAAGUAACAACCGCUUUACCGCAAAUGGACAAAGGUCAACCAACUAUCAUAAUGCACAAGCACGAGGAGCAAAUCUCACAACCAGUGUUGAAAGAAUCAAAAUUGUUUUCACACCAACUAUUUGCAAACGGAACUGUAAAAACGGGAAAUGCUACAAUAACUGUAAGAAAGGUAACCCUACCACCCUUUACAGUGAGAAUGGAUAUGGUCCUGUGUCAAAAUCUGGAUUUCGAAUCUAUUUUUGCCAGAUCCCUUGCCUGAACGGAGGACACUGCAUUGGAAGAGACACGUGCUGGUGCCCAUCAAACUCCACAGGAAAAUUCUGCCACCUUCCUGUUCCUCCAGAAAAGCGCACUGUAACAAAACCAGCACCCGUCAAUUCUGCUUCUCAAUCGGUGUACACUCUCCCUCUUUCUAACCAGCAAGUUGUUAUGCUCCCAUCCCUGGUUAACAUUCAUGUAAACCACCCACCGGAGGCCUCGGUGCAGAUUCAUCAAGUGGCAAGAGUGAAAAACGCUCCUCACUCUUCCGAUCAAAACAGUAUAGAGAGUUCUCAGGACCAGGAGUCAGUCCGUUCAGUGCAACAAAGAUCACAGCCCAAUGAUGCAGGGAAGGAAAAUGGACAGACACGACAACAGUUACAGCCUACAGUUUCCAGUGUUGGAAGGUGCUUCCAGGAAACUGUGGAUGGUCAGUGUGGAAAACCCUUGCCAGGUCUCACAAAGCAGGAUGACUGCUGUGGAAGUGUAGGGAUGUCAUGGGGAUACCAUAAAUGCACACAGUGCCCUCCAAAACCAGCAUACCCCAAGAUUGAAAAUGGCCAGCUUGAAUGUCCACUUGGUUAUAAGAAUAGGAACCAGACACACUGUCAAGAUAUCAAUGAAUGUCUGAUACCAGGAAUCUGUCAACAUGCUAACUGUCUGAAUACCAGAGGCAGUUAUAGAUGUACCUGCAAGGCUGGCUAUAUGAUGGAUACAUCCAGGAGGCACUGCAUCUCGGACAAAGCGGUUUCCGCAGAAAGAGGAUUCUGUUUCAGAUCACUGUCCAGAGGGAACUGCUCCCUUCCUCUUACUCAGCAGAUUCCCAAACAGAUCUGCUGCUGCAGUCGUGUGGGCAAAGGAUGGGGUAGAAAUUGCGAAAAAUGUCCACUUCCUGGCUCAGUUGUGUUUAAUGAAAUCUGCCCAGCUGGUCAUGGUUAUCAUUAUUCCAGAUCUGACGUCCAGAUCUCAUUGAGGCCAGCUGAAGAUCAAGAUCUAGUUCGUAUCAGCUCUCAACAACAUUUCAACAACUAUGAAGAUGAUACUUUCACAAAACCUCUUCAUCCUUCUGUGCCUGUUCGUAAUCCAAGCGUUGACACAUACCCAGUGGAGGUUGUAGUGAAGACAAGCCCACCCACGCCUGUGCACCUGAUUCCUGAAUCUGAAGCUGAAAAUGCAGCUGCAGUAUUUGCAGAAGAAAUUUCAGUAACAGAUAUAUGUGAUAUUUCACCAAACAUUUGUGGUCCGGGACAUUGCAUCAGUCGAGAAGGUAGUUACACAUGUAGCUGUGACCCUGGCUAUCACCUAGACAGCCAACAUACCAAGUGUGUUGACUAUGAUGAAUGCAGGCAAAUUCCACAGCCUUGUAACUAUGGAAAAUGUGAAAACACUGCAGGAGAUUACCGAUGUAUAUGUUCAGCAGGAUUUAUACCUAACCAACAGGGCACAGACUGCUUAGAUAUCGAUGAAUGUGAACAGGAUCCAUGUGAGGGAAAAGGUCGUUGCAUUAAUAUGGUGGGGACACACUCCUGUGCCUGCUUUUCUGGCUACACAUUAGUCAUUUUACAAGAGAAGCAAACUUGCCAAGAUAUAAAUGAAUGUGAACAGCCUACAUUGUGUCGGCGAGGACGUUGCACCAAUACACCAGGUUCUUAUCGCUGUGAUUGUGAUCAGGGCUACAUCAUGACAAGACAAGGACAGUGUGAUGAUAUUGAUGAGUGUCGUAAUCCGACUGCCUGUCCUACUGGAAGAUGCAUUAAUACUCUAGGCUCCUUUGAAUGUGUGAGCUGUCCAACUGGAUACAAGGCCCAGAAUGGAAGAUGCCUAGAUGAGAACGAGUGCUUGACCGCUGGUGUUUGUGAAAAUGGGAAAUGUAUCAAUCUAGAUGGUUCUUACAGAUGCAUUUGUAACCAAGGCUUUAAACGUAUGGCAGAUAACAAGAGCUGCAGAGAUAUUGAUGAAUGUGCUUCCUUGAAUGUUUGUCCUAAUGCUCUCUGUACAAAUACUGAAGGCUCCUACAUUUGUACCUCCUGCCCUCCUGGAUAUGGAGUAUCAGAAGGCAGAUGUGAAGAUAUUGAUGAAUGUGCUUCCCCAAAUGUUUGUCCUAACGGAGUUUGUUCAAAUACUGACGGAUCCUACACCUGCUUGCCAUGUGGCCCUGGAUACAGAGUGUCUGAGGAUAGACGCAGAUGUGAAGACGUCAAUGAAUGCUUGACCGAAGACAUCUGUGGUUCAAACAGAGAAUGUAUGAAUACUGAUGGCUCUUAUUUCUGCAUUUGUGCCAAGGGCUACACCACCAUUCCUGGUGGGACAGGCUGCCAAGAUAUCAAUGAAUGCCUGACCAGUGACAUCUGUGGUCCAAAUGGAGAAUGUAUAAACAAUGAAGAUGGCUCCUAUUACUGCCUUUGUGCUCAGGGCUACAUCACCACUCCUAAUGGGACUGGCUGCCAAGAUUGGGAUGAAUGCACUGAAGAUGCCAGGUGUGCAGGAGGUCAAUGUCUAAACACAGAUGGCUCUUAUAUGUGUAAAUGUGAAACAGGUUUCACACAUUUACCUGAAACAGAAGACUGUGUUGAUAUUGAUGAAUGCAGCGUAUAUGGCAGUUCUGUAUGUGGGAUGUGGAAGUGUGAGAACACUAUCGGUUCGUACCAGUGUAUUAUGGAGUGUCAGCCUGGCUUCCAGCACACAUUUAUGGGUGAAUGCACAGAUAUUAAUGAGUGUAUGAAUGAGACCAUUUGUAGUGUCCAUGAGUAUUGUGAAAACACAGUUGGCUCCUUCCGCUGUGUCUGUGAUCGGGGUUUUCAAAAGCCACCUGGAGAGCAGAGGUGUGUGGACAUUAAUGAAUGCGAGAUGAUGAAUCGAGUUUGUGGAGCAGCGCUGUGUGAGAACUUUGAAGGUUCCUUCUUCUGUGUGUGUAGAGAUGAGAAUGAAGAAUUUGAUCCAUUUACCAGCCAGUGCCUUACCCCAUCAAGGCCAUAUCAAACAAGAGAGGAAACAGGAACAGUAAUCUCAAUUAAUCCAGAUAUUCCCAUGAGGACAGUCCCUGUGAAUAGGGACAGGAAGGAUUGCUAUUACAAUCUGAAUGAUGCCAACUUCUGUGAUAAUGUGCUAGCACAAAACAUCACAAAAGAGGAGUGCUGCUGCACCGUUGGAGCUGGCUGGGGCGACAACUGUGAGGUUCACCCUUGUCCUGUGAUCGAUACAGAUGAAUAUGAAGAGAUUUGUCCUGAUGGCAAAGGAAUUAUUCCUUUUAGGAACUAUGAAGAUGCAGACGAAUGUGCAAUGUUUGGAUCAGAAAUCUGCAAGAAUGGGCGCUGUGUAAACACUGUACGCCACUAUGCCUGCUAUUGUCACACAGGAUUUCACUAUGACACAGUGAGACUGGAAUGCAUUGACAAUGACGAAUGUCAAGAUGAAAAUACCUGUGUAAAUGGAGAAUGUGUCAACACACCAGGAUCGUUUAACUGUUUCUGCAGCCCACCACUUAUCCUGGAUAUAACCCGUAAAAAAUGUAUAAAUGGCACAGGUUUAGCAGUUGACCUGUUUGAAGAGAGAAAUGUCCAUCAGGGUAUCUGCUGGCAGGAGGUGGGUGAGAGAUUCAUCUGCAACCGACCACUAAUGAGUAGACAGACAACUUACACUGAAUGCUGCUGCUUGUAUGGAGAAGCCUGGGGCCUCGAGUGUGCUUUCUGUCCCUCCAGAACAUCAGACGAUUUUGCACAGCUGUGUAACAUUCCUAGGUCACCUGGGGAUGGGUCAACAGGACUGCGUGAAAGACCAGGCUACGAAUAUAGCCCAGAAGGGCCAGAAGGACCACAGUAUGGUCAAGAAAUCCAGCAAGGAGCAGGGACUUAUUACAAUUACCUUCAGCCUGAAUACGGACCCUACGAUGCUCAACGUGGGCCAGAAUAUGAACUAGGAGAUCCCUAUCUUGGAGCAGGAUAUGGAAUCCAAAAUCCCCGGCCUGAUUCAGGAUAUGGAUCGAGAGAAGUCCAUACUGAUCCACAAUAUGAACUGCGAGAGCCCCAGCCUGGACUAGCGUACGAACCAAGAGAAACACAGCCUAGACCUGCGUAUGAUCCAAGAGGAUUUUCACGUGUUGCACAAUAUCGCCCCCGAGAGACUGAGAGCAUCGUUGCUUUUAGCAGUAGUGAUAUAAAUCGCUAUGAUAGUUUUGAAGGCUUACAAGCAGAAGAAUGUGGAAUCCUAAAUGGCUGUGAAAACGGCCGAUGUGUUCGAGUGCGUGAAGGGUAUACCUGUGAUUGUUUUGAUGGAUAUAAAUUUGAUGUGGCUAAAAUGGCCUGUGCAGAUAUCAAUGAAUGUGAAGAUGUAAGUGACACAAUACCACUCUGCAGAAACGCAAAGUGUGAGAACACAGAGGGGUCAUAUAAUUGCAACUGUUUACCAGGCUACGUGCUAUCCCAGGACCUUAAUGACUGUAAACUGAAAACAGAAGCAGAACCUCAGUAGAAAUCUGAACACUCUUGCCUGGGAGGAAUGAGCAAACACUUGGUCAUAUUUUUUUAAAAAAGGAAACAAAUGUUUAUUUUACUUGGGAUUUCUCAGCUUUGUUAUGUAUGUGACACACUGUGACGUACUAGGACUCUACAAAUCACCAUCUAUACCUGCAAUUUAUGUCUACUGAUUUUUUAAAAAUAUGCUUGAUAGAAUACAUUUUGAAGACAAAUACAGAGGCAAUACAAAGUAAGUACCUUACAAAUGAUUUAGAUUUUAAAGCUCUUCGGAGGAUGUUGUGUUGAAGACAUUCUCAAUGACUUUGGAAUGAUUGACACCAUGUAGCGUUCGAAUCAGAUUCUUAAUCUGCUCAAACAAAAGAUUUUCUAAAAAAACUUUAAAAAAUUGCUUGCUGCAUAUUGUUAUGAAGUGUUUGUUCUUUUAAACAAAAAGAAGUAAUAAUAAAUUCUGGCAAAGCCAGAUAGUGGCUGUUUUUGAGCGGAAGUGCUCACAUGGAGUCCGAAUUCAUAUUUUUAAAUAAAAUAUUCCCUGUUUAAAAGAG